GGACAUUGAGGGCAGCGAGGGUUUUCUAAGCCCAUAAGCAGACUCGGUGCUUCGCCCUGAACUAUCCAAUGAGAACCUACUUCGUAGUUGCGAUUCCGACAUAAAUAUGGCCCUCGUUCAAUAUCGAAAAGUCGCAUACGAAAGCUUUGAGGGAUCACCAAGCACCCAUCAUGAGCGGAAAGACCAGCGAAGACUACUCGAUUCAGACAGGAGCAGCUCCGAUUCCCUCUGAAAAGAGUGAUCCCGAUGCUAAACCAGCCGGCGACGACAGUAUCAUCGACUUCGAGGGCCCGGACGACCCGCUCAAUGCGCUCAACUGGCCGUUCAGGAAGAAGAUCGUGGUGACGGUGUUGUACAGCUUCUGCACCAUGGGCACCACAUGGGCGAGUACGAUCUACAACUCCGGCCUCCCGCAAGUUGAGCGGCAUUUUGGAGUUGGCAGAGAGGUAGCUCUUUUGGGCAUGAGUUUCUUCCUCUUAGGUAACGCCUUUGGUCCACUCCUCUGGGCGCCAAUGUCCGAAGCCUACGGUCGCAAACCCUCGAUUUUGUAUCCCCUCUUUGGCCUGAUGGUCUUCUCAUUCGCAUCCGCUACAGCCAAAGAUAUUCAGACGUUGCUCAUUACCCGGUUCUUCGCUGGGGUAUUCGGAGGAGCGUCACUCAGCAAUGUCGGCGGCGUGUUGGCGGAUAUGUGGCCUGCAACGCAGCGAGGCGCGGCACUCCUUAUUUGGGGAAUCUCCGUCAUAGUCGGGCCAUUAAUCGCACCCAUAGUUGGUGGUGCCCUUGUCAUCAACAUGCCUACUGUGGGCUGGAGGUGGACCGAAUAUAUUACCGGCAUCAUUCUCGCGGUAAUUCUCGUGGCUGGUUUCAUAUGGGCUGACGAAAGCUACCCUCCAGUGUUGCUCGCGCGCAAGGCCAAUCGCGUCCGUAUGGAAACCAAAAAUUGGGCGAUCCACUCGAGGAGCCAGGAGACGGAAACGUCCUUUAAAGCAAUGGCAAGCAAGUAUCUCAUCGUGCCAAUUGAGAUGCUCUUUGACCCUAUCUGCUUCUUCAUCAACCUAUACUCAGCCUUCUGCUAUGCCAUUAUCUACCUAGCCAUUAUCGCCUUCCCCAUCGAGUUUAUUGAGGUUCGCCACUGGAAUGCGGUUGUUGGCUCCACGCCCUUCAUGGCGAUCGUGGUGGGCGUCGGUUUCGGAGCAGGUGUGAUUAUAUGGGGCCAGCUCUACUACCGCAAAUGCCUCAUUGCCAACGACAACAAGCUCGUCCCCGAGGCCCGCCUGAUGCCUAUGAUGAUCGGUUCCACCUUCUUCGCUGCUGGGCUCUUCAUCAUGGGUUGGACGGCGAAGCUCAGUAUCCACUGGAUAGCGUUCUCUAUUGGCGCCGCCUGCCUUGGACUUGGAUUCUUCUCGAUACUUCAGAGCGCUCUUGGUUACCUCGUCGACACCUACCUUAUGCUCGCGGCUAGUGCGCUCGCCGCAAACAUGUUCAUGCGCAGCAUUCUUGCUGCAGCUUUUCCAUUGUUUGGUCAUGCCCUAUUCGACAGACUUGGACUGGACUGGGGCCUAAGCCUGAUCGGCUUCUUUGCAGUCGCUAUGAUUCCGAUCCCUUUCCUCUUCUUCGUCUUCGGCAAACGCAUCCGAGCCCUCGGUAAGCGAUCAAAGAUGUCGUUUAUUCCUUGAAGCUACCAGGCUGGGCUCUAUCCGCCAUGCGCCGCAACUGCAAGCUCUUGUGACCACAGCAUGAGGACGGUGUGGAGAGACCUGAAGCAUUCUGCACUGGGAGCGUUUCGGGUCCCCGGAAAAGGCGAAUUUAGCGCGCCGCUGAGCAGAGGAUCUUGCGAGAUUAUUUUGAUGCAGGAAGGAUGUCUAGAGGCUGGCAAAUAUGUCAAUUUUAAUGCACUAGAGCUCGAGCCGACCUAUUGGCAAUUACACGGCUCUCAUUGGUUGGGUGCGGC